CAACUUUACUUCAUAUAGGCUAAUACAAUUUUGUUUAAAAAGUGAGCGAAAAGUUUCUAUUUAUUUACGCAAAUAAUGUCGGACGAAGAGCAAGUACAAGUGAAAGUAGAGUUUAAGCAAAAGUCGCGGAAAAACAUUCGGAAACGUAUAAAAUCUGAAGAUGGUGACAAACCCGACGAAGAAAUUCUGUUAAAAUUAGAAGAAACUAAAGAAAAGCAGAAACUGCGGAAUAAGCCUAAAGGAGUCAAUAUCCUGACUCUGGCUGCUGGCAAGAGAAUUACCGUUGAAGAGGAGGUCGCCAAUAAAGAUCCGUUUAACGCAAAAUGCGGAGGGAUGGUGAACAUGAAAGCUUUGAAAUCCGGUAAAAUCAAAACUGUUGACGACGCCUACGAUACGGGAAUAGGAACGCAGUUCUCAGCCGAGACAAACAAGCGCGACGAAGAUGAAGAGAUGAUGAAAUACAUCGAAGAACAGUUGAGCAAAAAGAAGGGUGUUGCUAAUGAAAUGACUGGGGAUGCUGGUGAGGCAGAAUCAUCGCACAAAUAUCUCAGUCCUGAAGAUGCAGCUUUGCUUUCGCUGCCAGCUCAUCUCAGUCAAACGUCUUCACAACGGUCGGAGGAAAUGUUGUCCAACCAGAUGCUUAGUGGUAUUCCAGAAGUUGACCUUGGUAUAGAAGCAAAAAUUAAGAACAUUGAGGCCACCGAGGAUGCGAAGCUAAAGUUUCUCCAGGAACAGCAGAGAAAGAAGGAUCUACCGUCACAUUUUGUACCCUCCAAUAUGGCGGUCAAUUUCAUGCAGCACAACAGAUUCAAAAUCGAUCAACCGGUGCAACCGAAGCGACGCUAUCCGGAACAGUAUGCGCAACGUUCCAGCGACGAGAAAGUUCCGAAAAAAGCAACCGAUGACUAUCAUUUCGAUAAGUUUAAGAAACAAUACAGAAGACAUUGAAUA